GCAGCAGCAGCAAUGGCCGCUUUCCGCAGAGUGGCAGCGCUGGCCGGCAAACUCAGCCGCUGGUCGGCGUCGAGAAACGAGGUCGUGGGUACUCAGACCGCCGUUGGAGGAAGGGGACGGAGACGGCUGGCAGUGGGGAUGUGUCUUGCGACGGGGGGUGCCGUGGCAUUUUACUUGUACAGCGACACGACGGGCGACAGAGCCCAGAAGAAGAUGGGCAGAAACAGCAUCAACGGUCGCCGCUUGCUGCCGUCCAUCCCCGCCGUCGAAGCCAAGGAGAAGGCCCAUCAAUUUGACUUUGAGGAUGGAGAUGUGUACAUGUCGUCUCAUGAGCAUCGCUUCCGCUUGUUCAGCUCCGUGGAGUAUGAAGGGCAGCUGUACAUGACCCCGCAGAACUUCAUCGAGUCGGUCACCAUGAGUGAACCACGCAACAGAAGGCCCUGGAGGUCCCUGACCAAACAGGAGCUGGAGAAGAUCCUGUCAGACACUCCACCAGUAUGGAGAGGGACAUCCAAAUUGUUCCGCAACCUGAGAGAACGAGGCAUCAUCGCAUACACAGAAUACCUCUUCCUGCUCUGCAUCCUGACAAAGCCCCACGCUGGCUUUAAGAUUGCUUUCAACAUGUUUGAUGCAGACGGCAACCAGAUGGUGGACAAGAGGGAGUUCUUGGUGCUUCAGGAGAUCUUCCGUAAGAAAAAUGAGAAGAGAGGGAGGAAAGGAGAUGCUGAAAAGUCAGCCCAGUUGAGUAUGCAGCUGUAUGGAUAUCAGGUUGCCCCCAUGAACAGCGUGCUAAAAAAAGAAAGUCAGGAGUUUGUGGCACGGAGUUACUGGGACAUUCUGAGGCGAGGCGCCAGUCAAGCCCUCUUUUCUGACCUGGCGGAGCGAGCAGAUGAGAACAUCAUGAUUGACACCACCCUACUGGUCCACUUCUUUGGAAAGAAAGGGAAGGCUGAGCUUACCUUUGAUGACUUCUACAGGUUCAUGGAUAACAUCCAAACAGAGGUGUUGGAGAUUGAGUUUCUGACCUACUCUAAAGGGAUGACCACCAUCAGUGAAGAAGACUUUGCCAAGAUUCUCCUGCGCUUCACCAAUGUAGAGAACAUCAGCGCCUACCUUGAGAAUGUCCGCCAGUCUAUACCAGAUGAGAAGCAGGAGGGAAUCACCUUCGAUGAGUUCAGAUCCUUCUUCCAGUUUCUCAACAACCUAGAGGAUUUUGCAAUCGCCAUGCAGAUGUACAACUUUGCUGCACGCUCCAUUGGACAAGAUGAGUUUGCAAGAGCGGUGUACGUGGCUACUGGGCUGAAGCUGACACGGCACCUGGUCAACACCAUCUUCAAGAUUUUUGAUGUGGAUCAUGAUGAUCAGCUGUCCUACAAGGAGUUCAUCGGCAUCAUGAAGGACCGCUUGCACAGGGGAACUAGGGUGAAGGGCCAACACCACGCCUCCUUCUCCGGCUGCGUUCGCUCUGAGGCCAGGAGACAGGUCCGCCAGCUCUGGAGGAGUUUCAGGGAGACAGCCUGAAGGAAGAGGAAAAGAGAGGGUGUCGUGACUGUGGGGGUGACGAGAAAUGAGGAGGAGGCUUAGGAGUGGAGGAGGAAAAUUAAGAAAUUACAUCUGAUGAGUGAAUGAACUCAAUUGACCUUUGAUUUUUACCAGUCAUCAGCCCAAGCCAGAGUAUCCAGGGGUGCGAUUUUAAAGCGGCCCCCAAAGUGAGCUGCUGCUACAAGCAUGGCAAUCCACAGCCGACUAAUGUUCUCUAUGCUGACACCGAGCAAGAACACCAUUUGCUCUGGUUCCUGUUUCACAAGUCAAUCAUGUUCUGCUGCCAUUCUCCUGAAUUUGAUUUACAGAGUACUCAAAUACAAUGCAAAAAAAUAUAUAAAUUCACUUCACUACUUUAUUGUCCAACCAAAAGGACACAGCUAUACCACAACCUACAUAAAUCCAAAGAGCACAACAGCAACAUUAAUAUAAAUAAGAAGCCACAUCAGGAAAAAAAAAAUCAAUGUAAAGUUAAUAGCCGUUGUCAUUUAUAUCCAUAUCUUUACAUUACACACUGUUCUUUGUUGGAUUCUGUAAUUUUUGGAAGUACAGGAUGUAGUUUAUUUUUUAAAGAUGUGUUGUCUUUUCAUCAGUUUAAUCAUCUCGAUUUCUGAUUUGGCUAUAUAUAUAUUUUUUAAAGAUAUCAGGUCAUCAUAACUUAAAGCUGCUUAUUUUGCACUGGCAGAACAUAUAGUCACUAAUACUUCAGCUAGGAAUGUGUUAUGCUAACAUUACUGCAAAGGCUGUGUUGUCUGGGCCUUCAACUGAUAGGGGAGAAAGAACAAGAGAGGACAAGAGAUGGAGAUGUAAAUUUGUCUUGUAGUUUCUAUAUUUUAUAUAUGACUGACUCCUCAAUGUCUUGCCCGUUUUUUUUUUUUUUUUUUUUUUUUUUUUUUUAAGACUAUUAGCUGCAUGUGUGUAUAUGACAUAGCUGUGUGAAAUCCACAUGGGUGCCUUUUAUCCACUCCCUUUCUCAUUGGAAACUGUUUACCUAACCCAUUUCAGCACUGUGUAGCUCGAUGCAACUAGAAAUGCACAAAGAUUUAGUAGAUGAUAUGUAUAUGAUAUAUAAUCCCUAUUUUAAUCUUAACCCUAAAAUAAGGACUAUAAUGUGUGUUACACAAGAAAACUGUCUAAACCUUAUAGCCUAUUGAGAUAAUGUUCACUAAAUAGACAUGUUGCAUACGGAUUAAAUGGCCAAUUAUUUAUUUCCCUCACA